AUGGGCCGGGAUUUCAGCGGCUGGUCCUGGGGCCAGGGCACAGGAAUAAACGCAGGGGUCAUGCUCCUGCAGCCCGACCUGGAUGUAUUUCACGAGAUGCUCAGUGAACUGUCUGAUCCCCAUCACCCAGAGCAUUGUGUGGGAAACGGCCCUGAGCAGGACUACUUGAGCAGAUACUAUGCCGACGCUCCAUGGAGACAUAUUGGCGUGGAGUACAACUUCCAGAUCCACCAGAUGUUCUUAGCUCUACACCCUGACAGGGUAUGUGACUGA